AUGGCGACCGUUCCAGUAAACCCUAAGCCGUUCCUAAACGAUCUCACGGGGAAGCAAGUCAUCGUAAAAUUGAAAUGGGGCAUGGAGUACAAAGGCUAUCUCAUGUCUGUCGACGCCUAUAUGAACCUCCAGCUAGCGAGCACGGAAGAGUACAUCGACGGUCAGUUCAUGGGAAGCCUUGGUGAAGUGCUCAUCAGAUGCAACAACGUGCUGUACAUGAGAGGCGUGCCAGAGGACGACGAGAUCACAGAAGCGCAGGAGGAGGAGGAAGGCUGA